UUUCCUCUCGCUUUCUCCUACAUCUCCUCCCCUUCCCUCCUGAACGAAAGACCUGGAGAAAGUCUGAAAGAAUUGAAACAGCCUACAUGGUCGGUCAAAUGCGUCGCGCGGCUUUACACGCUCUCCGUACUGCCCGUCGCGCGCCAGCAGAAUGGAAGGCUGUUGGUAGGAAACCGUGCGCGGUGUCCUUCUCCAGUAGUCCCAGUUUCAGCAUCCGUCCAUCAUCCUUCUCCGCGGGCAAAUAUCCCUCUUUCCUUCCCGCCACAUUACAAUCUUCGAUGCACCUCCGAAAUUUCUCGCUCGCAGUGAUUUCUACUGUCGUUGCCUCAGGGGCAUGGUAUGCGUAUCAAGGGAAUAAUGGUGCCCAUCAGUCGACCGCCCUGAACACAACAUCCGCCUCCCAGGUACGCUCGAUUUCCACUGCCGGCGCCAACGUCCACGAUCCUGCGGAGACCACCCGCCGUGCCCUUUUAGUGGAUAACGACCAGUUUUACACCGCUACCCUGUCGGGAGAACAGCCUCUUUCCAAGCACACGGACGACUCCGACCGUCGGGUCCUCGAGAUGUUGACUCCGGAGCAGGCGACCCAGAAACUGCGCAAGAACGAGGAGUCAUACCUAGUAAACCGCGGUCAGGGAGUGGUACGUUACGACAUAGUCCAAGUACCCAGUAACUCCCCCAUAGAAGAUGAUCAUGCCGAGAAGGUUGUCGAGGUGCCAUCUUCCGUGGCGGCAGCACAGGACGGACAAGCGAACAGUGAUUGGAUGUUCUGGGGCGUGUUCGAUGGACACUCUGGUUGGACUACCUCCGCUAAGCUCCGCAACGUGCUCAUUUCAUAUGUUGCUCGCGAAUUGAACUCGACCUACAAAGCCGCAGCUGCGGACCCAUCCGUGCUGACACCGUCAUCUGAAGCGGUAGAUGCCGCCAUCAAGCAGGGUUUCGUUCGCCUGGAUAACGACAUCGUCUACAACAGCGUCGACAAGGUGUUGAAAUCGAAUUCGCGCCGUGUUGCGGCUGAAAUGCUGGCUCCCGCUCUUUCCGGAUCCUGUGCUUUGCUCGCUUUCUACGAUUCGCAAUCCAAGGACCUAAAAGUCGCCGUGGCCGGCGAUUCGCGAGCUGUACUGGGUCGUCGGGGUGCAAAUGGAAAGUGGUCUGCGACAGUGCUCUCGGAAGACCAAACCGGCGGCACUCCGUCCGAGAUGAAGCGUCUCCGCGAGGAGCACCCAGGAGAACCCAAUGUUGUCCGCAAUGGACGGAUCCUCGGUCAAUUAGAGCCUAGCCGAUCCUUUGGCGAUGCCUUCUACAAGUGGACCAAGGAAACCCAGGACAAGAUCAAGCGGCAAUUCUUCGGCCGCACGCCUCACCCGCUGCUGAAGACCCCUCCCUAUGUUACCGCCGAGCCUGUGGUCACGACAACUAAGGUUGAACCUAGCCGAGGUGAUUUCCUUGUGCUCGCCACGGACGGGCUCUGGGAGAUGCUGAGUAACGAGGAGGUCGUUGGACUGGUUGGGGAGUGGAUCGAACAACAGCAGAAGCAGGUCGGUAGCAGCAAGACUUGGUUGCGCAGCUGGUUCGGAUUUGAGAACAAGCAGCUCCCUGUCGAGGCGGCUGUCGAUGCUGGCACGGAAGGCCAGCGUCGUCCCAUACGCCAGCAGCAGUACGAUAUCUCUGGUGCAGCCAGUCGGUUUACCGUGGAAGAUAACAACGCGGCAACCCAUCUUGUGCGUAACGCGAUGGGCGGAAAAGACAAGGAUAUGGUCAGCGCCCUGUUGACUCUUCCGAGCCCCUAUUCCCGGCGGUACCGUGACGACGUCACCGUCGAGGUUAUCUUUUUCGGCGAGGGUCCUGAUUCCAGGACCAUCACCGUGAACCAGGAGGCUAGCGCGUCUGAGGAGCUACCCAAGGCGAAAUUGUGAUUCAAUCAUUCACCACAGUAGCGGUUCCUUCAGACGUGAUCCUCCUUGCGACCAAUACAGACAGACAAAUAGUCAUGUUUCCGUGCAGAAGGACGGGUUAGAUAUCGACUCUUUCUCCGGUACUUUACAUCGGCUCAUUCUUCGAUCCAGCCCCGAAACGCUGGAUAUUUGCAAGACUCAAUUACUCAUGUGCACUGAUUCUGCAUAUCAGGAUCCAUUUGGUAAUAAUACAUCCCGCGGGUCUGGGAUGACAAGGUUUUUGUUUGCAAGCAACCACUUAAAGACUAGCCAUUUAUAGGUAACGGUAUACCAUGACUUG